AUGGAUUAUUUAUGGCAUUGUGUUGCUGCCGCAGUUAAUAUUUGCUGUAAUUAUUUUUUAAUGUUUUUUGAUAAUUGUUUUUAAGUUAUACAAUCAUGAUGGAAGGUUCAUUGAGCAAAUGGACAAAUGUUAUGAAAGGAUGGCAGUACCGGUGGUUUGUUUUGGACGAGAAUGCUGGGCUCCUGUCUUAUUACACGUCAAAAGAAAAAAUGACUCGCGGUGUGAGAAGAGGCUGUGUGCGGUUGAGGGCGGCAGUCAUUGGAAUUGAUGAUGAAGACGAUUCCACAUUCACCAUCACUGUUGACCACAAGACGUUUCACUUUCAGGCGCGUGAUGGCAGCGAACGGGAGCGUUGGGUGCGUGCAUUGGAGGAAACAAUUGCAAGGCACGGGCGUCGCGAGCGCUGGGCGCGCUGCGUGCCCGCACCAGCACGCCGGCACGGUGACCUUGAGCGACGAGUAGCCGAAGCAGACGCAUACUUGCAAAUCAUGAUUGAACUAGUCACGAAAAUGGGCAUUCGCGUAUCAGAACUCGCGGAUCCACAAGAAAAGAGCAAGGGUCAAGUAAUUUUAGAUCACUCCAACGCAAUGUUGGACAAUAUAAAACAUUCCAUAGUACUUCUACAAAUAGCUAAGAAUACGGUGAAUCCUGUGAACGGAGUUUACCAGGGACCAACAAAUACGACUCAAAUGCAUAUCAAAGAAGGUGAGGACUUGUCACCUCGCGUGGAGCUGGGCGCGGAGUGUCGCGAGCUGACGACGCCUUCACUACCAUUGACUCCACUUGAACACAUCGAUGCACCACGACAAGCGAUGUCCCUCCUAGUUCCCGACACAUCGUACUCCUCGUCCGAGGGUGAAGAUGACUUUUAUGACGCUGAUGAUGAACCCGCAGAACUGAUACAGCCCGCGACAAGCGUGUCACGCAGUUGCCAGGCAGAGGGCGCCGCGGAGCAGGAGACGCCUCCCGCCCCCGCCGCCGCAGACCUGCCGCGCACCAAUGACGGAGAAAUUGACUACGACGCGCUGUACGAAGACGAGUCGGACAGCGACCUGGGCUCGAUGGAGAACCAUGGUUCCGUCGUGACGCACCUCCUCUCACAGGUCAAGAUUGGCAUGGACCUUACCAAGGUGGUUCUUCCUACGUUCAUAUUGGAGCGGAGAUCACUACUCGAGAUGUAUGCGGACUCGUUUGCGCAUCCCGAUCAGUUUGUCAAAAUAGUGGACAUGCCGACAUCCAAAGAGCGUAUGGUCCAAGUGGUGAGGUGGUACCUCAGCUCGUACCACGCGGGACGCAAGUCUCAGGUCGCCAAGAAGCCCUACAAUCCAGUACUGGGGGAAGUCUUCCGCUGCCACUGGGAUCUUGAUGGAGCUAAUGACUCACACAACUCCUCGACUGAGAAGCUAGAAGUUGGCGACGGUCCCGUACCCUGGUGUUCCCCGGAGCAGCUGUCGUUUGUUGCCGAGCAGGUGUCCCAUCACCCGCCGAUCAGCGCGUUCUACGCGGAGCACGUCAACAAGAGGAUACAGUUCGACGCCUGGGUGUGGACAAAGAGCAAGUUCCUAGGCCUCUCUAUUGGUGUCCAUAAUAUCGGACGUGGUGUUGUCACGCUGUUGGAUCAUGGAGAAGAGUAUACUGUCACCUUCCCUAAUGGAUAUGGAAGAUCAAUUCUCACAGUCCCAUGGAUCGAAUUAGGUGGAUCAGUGUGCAUCGAAUGUCCGCAAACAGGACACAAAGCAAAUAUUGAAUUUCUUACAAAACCAUUCUACGGUGGCAAGAAGCAUCGUGUCACUUGCGAAGUGUUCGCUGCUAAUGAGAAGAAACCUUACUACACCGCACAGGGCGAGUGGAACACCAGGAUGGACGGACGGUGGACUGACUCUGGGCGUACAGAAGUAGUGUUCGAGGUGUCGAGUAUGAAGGCGCGACGUAAGCGCGUGUCGCCGGUGUCGCGUCAGAUGGCGCACGAGUCGCGGCGCGUGUGGCGGCACGUGACUGCCGCACUGCGCGCCGCCGACACUGACGCCGCCACCGCCGCCAAGCGCCGCCUCGAGCAGGCGCAGCGCGACCUCGCCAAGACGCGACACGAUACCGGCGACAAGUGGAUCACGCAGUUAUUCAGUCCAAAAGAAGAGGGGUGGGAGUACAACACGCCGCUCAGCAAGCGCCUAGAGUCCGCUACCGGCACGCCGCAGCGCAAACCCAACACCGACGCCAGAUAAUGGACCAAUCGACUCUAUUACAUUGAGAAUAAGGUAGAAUUUACUACGCCAUAGAUUUAUCUGUCUUAUUGAAUAGUCUACGAUUGACGCACCAACGUUAACGCUUACGAACCUCUGCCGUAGAUUGUAUAGAUUUGGAUAUGGUAUGUUUGAAUGUGCUCAUUAAAUGUUCAUAUUUUUUACCCUAAACCGAGCUUUUCAAUCAAAAGCUACGAAACUCGUUCUAAAUUUUUCUUAUUACUAAAUUAUAUAUGUAAACUCAUACCCCAUAAAUUAGUAAUUAAUACACCAAACAAUUUAACUUUCAUAACUUUUGGCGGGAAAAGUGACAGUUACCAUUGACAGCUGUCAUUGUUAUAACGUUUCGUUACACGUAUGAAUUUCGAUUUUAUUUAUUUUUUUAAAUGAGCAUACUCAAUCAUCUAGCGACGCUAUAAAAUAGUUGUCGCGCUCUAUAUAUCUACUUUAGGUAAAUUCCAAUCUUAAUACUAUAGUAAUAAAUGUGUGAAUCGCGUUUACUUGUGUAAAAAAAAAUUAUGAUACCCAUAAGAAUAGAUUGUUACGUUUGACAUUGGCCUAUUGUAAAUUAAAGCAAGAAAAUUGUAAAUAAAUCCAUUGAAUAGUAAAUUAAUCGGAUGUCAAAUAAAAACGCACAUACAGAAAUAUACACGCUUUUAAUAUAAAUCACUUUGCUGGCUUAAUUUGGCAAUGACAUACUAAAAUUGACAAGAUAGAAAAAAAACGAAAAAUCGUUAUUACACAUACGUUUGAAUUUCGC